CCCUCGCUGCACAUCGCCGCUUUCUUUCAUUAUGACAUCCUAUCGCACACACGACGACCAUAUCUCUCCCACCAACUCUCCUUCUCCGUCCCCAUCUCUCUCUCCACAGGUGGAAUACGACGACAUGAUACAGGACGAUGACGGGUAUUAUGAUAGCGACGUCGAGCGCGCUCCGAGUGUCUACUCCUAUGCUAGUAGCAGGGACGGACCCCGGCUAGUGAGAGAAGUCCACGGGAGAGUGUGCAACGCCCAGAACGAACUGUACGCCCUCCCAGCAGACGAAGAAGAAUGCACGCGCAUCUCUACCCAGCACCUCAUGCUCAAACUCGCUUUGUCGAGCAACUACCCCGCCCCACAACUUGUGAAAGACGCUCUUCGCCCUGCCAUGUCUAAGCCUUUCUUCCCCGGGCUGCCGAGGCGCACGCAGGAGCGGAGACGGCAGUUGCUGGACUGUGGCACUGGCGCGGGAGAAUGGGCAGUGGAGAUGGCACUCGAGUUCCCCGAGGUUGACGUCGUUGGCGUCGACUUGGCCCCGCAGUUCCGUAAAAAAGCGGCAAACGCACCCAAGAACUGUAGAUUCGAGAUAGACGACGUUACGCUCGGGAUGCCACACUUCAAGGGGACGUUCGACGUUGUCCACUCCCGAUCUAUAGGGAAUGGGGUCCAAGAUUUCCCCGCAUAUAUCGAAGAUCUCCUGCUCACCCUCCGGCCCGGCGGCAUCCUAAUAAUGUGCGAAGGCGACCUACAACUGCUCUCCAAUUCCGGGCCCGUCGAUCCCCUGCUCUCCCCCCUCCAGCGGCUGCUCUCAGCAGCAUACGGAGCGCUGAAAGCCAAAGGCAGCACGGUGGAUGCUGGCCGUGGGCUGGCCAAAUGGCUCAAGGCCCUCCAGGGCCGGAGAGGGGGGACGAGUGCCGUGGGGUCGCAUGUCGUUUGGGUCCCUGUAGGGGGUUGGUUACCCGGCACAGACCCCCAAUCCCAGCACCUGAACAACCUAGGCCACUUAAUGGCGCAAGACUGCCAGCUCUUCCUCCGCUCUUUACGCCCUACGCUCCUGGAAGCAGGAUACGACCCGCUCUUGCUAGACUCCUGGGUCCUGGAGGCGGAAUCUGAGCUGGCAAGAGCGGAGAGGGGAGAGGGAGGGCUAUGGUGUCUUUGGCAUUAUGCGUACGUCCCUCCACCCCAACCUUGA